AUGCAAAUGGAGCGUCUCCAGGCGUUGGGAUUCUUUGGCCUCAUCGUUCUCACUGCCGCCCAGACCACCACAAACAGCCCCGGCCCUCGGCCCUCCUACCUGCUGCUGGCCCCCAGAACCCUCCGUCCUGGAGUCCCGACAUCAGUGUCUGUCACCAUCCUGAUCUCCUCUGAGGUCACUGUGUCUGCUCACAUCGUUCAUGACGACCAGAAUGUGGCCUCAGACUAUGCUACAGUUGAAGGAGGUUCAACCAAGCUGCUGACUUUGCCACCUAUCCAUGAGAGCAAAACCAGCUACCGGUACCCAUAUGUGCUGGAGGUCAAAGGUCACAUAGGUAGUGUCCAGGUUUUCUCCAACUCAACAAGGCUGCACUUCGACCCCAAAGGCUUCUCCACCUUCAUUCAGACAGACAAACUGAACUACCUGCCUGGGCAGCAGGUGAAGAUCAGAGUGGUGUCCAUUCACCCUGACGGGAAACCCUCUGAGAGUCUUGUGGACAUUAUCAUCAGAGACCCGAGGGGAAACCUGCUUAGACAGUGGCUGUCUUUGGACAGCGUCCGUGGGGUUGUGUCCAAAGAGUUUCGCCUGUCCAAAAACCCGCCCCUGGGUAAAUGGACCAUCGUCUCAACAGUUGGUAGUGUUUCAAGUGAGAAGUGUUUCAAUGUGGCUCAUUAUGUGCUGCCAAAGUUUGAAGUUGUGAUAGAAGCUCCGGAUGUCAUUUAUCAUGAGGACACUCUGUGGGGCUCCAUUACAGCAAAGUACACGUAUGGCAAGCCUGUUCAUGGACAUGUGAACAUAACAUUCCUCCUUAACUCUCAUGAAGAGGCUUAUGAUGAAGAUAGAGAGAUUGAUGGCACCACAGACUUCAUGUUUGACAUUCCUGACCAUGACUAUCACACAAUGCACAAAAGGGCUCUAGAGAUGGCCUAUGACGAAUACAUGGGUGAAGAGUGUCUAAUUAUUGUGGCUCAUGUGACUGAAUACCUCACAGGUCUCACAUAUAACAGUACGGCAAAGGUGUAUUUGGAAAAGUACAGAUAUAAAAUUUCCUUUGAUGGCUACUCCCAAAUAUUAAAGCCCUCUAUGAACUUCAGUGCUUGGUUGAAAAUAUCUACAUACAACAAUCAGCCACUGUCACUUGAGGAUCAGCAAAAGACUGUUACAGUGUCAGUGAUGCAGCGAAAGCAAAGGCCACUGAUUUGGGAAACUUACAAGAAAGAAGAAAUGGUGCUUCAAUCAAACAUGUCUGGCCCUUCAGGGACAGUGCGUCCCCAUCAAGAGGAGAUGCAGUCUAAAGAAAUGGAGUUUCCUGUACCUGCAGAUGGAGUUAUACCCCUCAACAUCAAGGUCAUGGAUGAAACGGAAGUACUCACAAUUGAUGCUUAUUUUGAGGACAGCCAUGGAACUCUACAACUCUACAGAAGCUACACAUCCCCCAGUCACUCCUACCUGCAGAUCCAAAAACCUUCCACACCUGCAGAGACUGGUUCACCCCUACUGUUGCAUGUUGAAAGGAAUUUUGAAAUGGCAGAGAUUCACUACAUAGUAAAGUCCAGAGGUCAGGUGGUUUCUGCUGGGAAAGGCUCUGGUGUUCUAACUCUGGUCCCAGAAAUCUCCUGGGCUCCUCUGGCCUGCAUUAUCGUCUACUGUGUGCAUCCCAGUGGAGAGAUUGUCAGUGACAUAAUGCACCUACCCAUCAGCCAAAUUUUACAAAACCAGGUGUCUCUGAGGUGGAGCGACACUAAGAUGAUGCCAGGUGGUGAGGUCACACUGAGGAUCACGGUGGAAGAGCCCGCCUCUCUGGUCGGGAUCCUGGUGGUCGACAAAGCGACAAAGUGGAAGGGAUCAUACAAUGACAUCACCAAGGAGAUGGUGCUGAAGGAGCUGAAGGAGUACAGCGUUUCCAAAGCUGACGCCUACUCUGACAUGAUGACAAUGGGAGAUCCAUACUCCAUCUUCAAGACAUGUGAUCUUGUGGCACUGACUGAUGCCAGUUUAAACAUGAUGAGUCGUCCUCUGAAGCCUAUACUUGAGGAGGUUGGAAUAGCUUUCUUAUCCCAGUCAGACAGUUCACACAUGGAGCAACAACAGGAGCCACGAAAACGCUGGAACUUUCCAGAGACCUGGAUAUGGAUGGACAUCAACACAGGAAAUUCAGACACAACAGAAAUAACUCUCACUGUGCCAGACAGCAUCACAACCUGGACGGCCACUGCCUUUGUCAUGUCAGAGAAUCUGGGCCUGGGCAUCAUAGAGGAGCCUGCAGAACUCACAGCCUUCCAGGAUUUCUUCCUGUCCUUGAAUCUGCCUCCCUACAUCAUCCGUGGAGAGGAGCUGCUGCUGGAGGUCAUUCUGUUCAACUACCUCUCAGAGGACCUAGAGGUCAUGGUCAUUGUUGCAGAGAGCGACACCUUUGAGUUUGUCUUCCCUGACAGUGAGGAGCUCUCCACACCCAGUGUUCGUUAUACGUCUGUGGGGAGUCAGGCUGGAGCGUCUGUCCUUGUUCCCAUCAGGCCACGAGUCCUUGGAGAGAUCCCCAUCUCUGUGAAAGCCAUGUCGACUGUGGCGUCUGACUAUGUCAGCACGACAGUGCUUGUCAAGGCUGAAGGACUCGAGCAGUCGUUCUCCACUUCGCUGCUGUUUGAGGUUUCUCCAUCGCAGUGGAGCCUUUCCAAAGAAGUCACGUUCACCUUCCCACCAGAUGUUGUGGAGGGCAGCGAGAGAGCUUCGGUGACGGCCAUCGGUGACAUCCUUGGCCCGUCCAUCACUGGCCUGGAGUCUCUGAUCAAACUGCCUUAUGGUUGUGGGGAACAGAACAUGAUCAACUUCGCACCAAACAUCUAUGUCCUCCAGUAUCUGAGUGCUGUGGGUCAGGCGGACCAGGAGACCACAGGCAGAGCCAUAGAGCACAUGAUGGAAGGUUUUGAGCGAGAGAUGUCCUAUCAGAGAGUAGACGGCUCCUUCAGUGCGUUCGGAGACCGGGACUCAUCUGGAAGCACCUGGCUCACUGCGUUCGUGCUGAGGUGUUUCCUGCAGGCACGACAGUUCAUCAACAUCGACACCCACGUGCUGCAGAGUGCGGCGGCCUGGUUAGGAGCCCAGCAGGGGACUGAUGGGAGAUUCAAGGAGCCUGGUCGAGUCAUCCACACCGAGCUCCAAGGAGGCCUGGAUGGCCCCGUCUCCCUCACAGCCUAUGUCCUCAUCGCCCUGCUGGAAGACAAUGACAUCCAGACUCAGUAUGGCAGCCAGGUGUCUGCAGCCCGGAUGUUCCUGGAGACCCGUCUGGCUCUCGGUGUUUCUAGUAACUACAGCCUCAGCUUGCUCACCUACGCUCUGGCUCUGUCCAGCAGCUCCAAUGCUGACACAGCACUCAGCGAGCUGAUUGGACGAGCUGAGAUGAGAGAUGGCGUGCCGAUGUGGUCCUCCGCGGACAACGGCCUGUCGUCAUCGUGGCAGCCUCGCUCUGCGGACAUUGAGAUGGCGGCUUAUCUGCUGCUCGUUCAACACAAACUGGAUUACAUCGCAGAGGGCCUCAUCCUCACAAAGUGGCUCAGCCAACAGCGGAACUCCUUUGGAGGAUAUGGGAGCACUCAGGACACAGUCGUGGCUCUGCAGGCCUUGGCCUCAUUCGCUGCUCUUGGCAGCUCUCAGGACCCUGAUCUCAACAUCAGAGUGAACACAGAUGCUUCAACCACCGUCGCCUCCUUCCACAUCCACCAGGACAACUACCUGCUUCACCAGAGCCAGCAGAUUGAACCAGAGGAGGAGUUGAGCCUGCAGGUGACUGCAGAAGGUCAUGGGCUCGCCCUGUUUCAGCUGAACGUGUUUUACAACAUCAGAAAUGAGCUGAUGAGGAAGAGGCGACAGGCCGACCAACACGAGGCGUUUCAUUUGUACGUCGAGUUGUUUGACACGGAAAUACACUCAGAACAUCUGUACAUCUGCAGCAGUCUGUCAGAGGCUCUGGGUCUGAAUGCGACAGGCAUGGCCAUCGUGGAGGUUGGUCUGCUGAGCGGCUUCAGCCUGCUGCCGGACGCCGACCUGACCUACGGCGUCAUAAAGAAAGUGGAGACAGAGCCGGGGAAAGUCAUCCUGUACCUGGACACUGUGACAACAGAAGAGAUGUGUGCAGUGAUUCCUCUGAUGGUGGAGUAUAAAGUCGCCAAAGUCCAGGAGGCAGCUGUUUGCAUCUAUGAUUAUUAUGAACCAAGACGGAGAACGGUGAGGAUGUAUACAUCAGAGUGGAGGGGCGAGCUGCCUACCUGCUACUACUGUGGUGACGACUGCAGUCAGUGCAAACAGGAAGAUCAUUAUGGCACCAGCAUUAUGUUAAACAGCAGCCAAAACAUCCAGAUGACCCAUUUAACACCUGCUCUGCUCCUCCUCGCCAUCAUCAUCAUCAUCUUCGGUGUGUAAAUGAAGAUGAACAAGUGUCAGUUCAGCAUUGUAGAUGGAUUCAACUCUUUGUGGAAGCUGUGUUUACAUGCAUUGUGUGACUUUUUUUUUAUGCAUUGUUUUUAGUCACCCGAAAACAUCAUGUUAAAGGUGUUAAAUGUCUUACAUGUUCUGGGUGUUGUUCUAUGUUGGCUCUGUAAUCUGACAAAAAGUUAGCUUAGUGACUCACGCAAAAAUGACAGAUUCAGGAGUGAAGUGCUAUAAUGCUGCAGUGAACCAAUGGAAGUUUUGAAUCAACCAGUUAUGAGCAGACUUGUUGGAAAAGAUUAAAUUCAAAAAGGGUAGUAUGCAAUGUUUUCUAUUGAAUUAGAUUUUGCUUGUGGUGGUGGUGGGGCGUGGGGUGAUCUGUUUGUACAGGUUAGAUCCAGCACUGCCGCUGGCGAAGGAUUUGCAGGGUGCGCUUGCUAGUUCUUGUCUCAUUUGUGGUCUGAUUAACUGUACAUUCAUCAAAUUCAGUGCUCUGUAUCACCAUCUUGACAGCAACUGUAGCUGUCAGUGGGACCUGUGUGGCAUGGUUUCUAUGGGAACGCAACCAGUUUCAUGUAAGGAAGGUCAGAAAGACAAGAGAGAGACAUGUCAGUUGUAAAUGUGUUUGUGAAAGUGAGAGAGGGGCUCUGAAAAUUGAAAAUGAAUAUGUGGUAGGCAAUAAAUGAAUGUAUGGGAAA